AAUGUUACGGUUUGUAGUAGAUUUUUCAUUUUCAUUUACUUUUCAAUUAUCUCUAUUCCAAGAAUGCGUCAAUGAGCUAGGAGAUGAUUCUUAUUGCGACUUUUUAGCUAAUUUAGGAGAAUGUGUGGCACAGAGGGAAGCUAUGAUUAGGUUUUGCAGAAAGUCUUGUCUAAGAUGCUCUAAAGUUAGAAUUCCUUGUGAAAAUACGUUUGAAGAUCCUUUAAAAUGUGAUUAUUAUGCGAAAAGAGGCGAUUGCCUCAGUAAUCCCGCUUGGAUGUUGCCGUUUUGUAGAAAAUCUUGUCUAAAAUGUAACGGGAAACGUAACGAAUACAGAUUAGAGAAUUUCUAUAAGAAAGCAUACAAUAACGAAUACGAAACGAGUGUGAAUGAUACCUUAGAAGCGAAUAGAAUUGGGUGUGAUUAUUGGGCAAAAAACGGCUUUUGCAGAUUAAAGAAGUUGUGGAUGUUGUUCUAUUGCAGAAAGUCUUGCAGUAAAUUUGAUCCUGUACUUGAAACAAUUUGUAUGGAUUCAUAUAAGGCCGUUAAAGGAGCAUCAUGCAAAAAUUUGGCUGAAGACGGCGAUUGCAUUAACAAUAGGCAAUGGAUGUUGGAAAAUUGUUACGCUUCUUGUACAGGCUGUAACCUAAAAUAUCCUAGAGAAUGUCUGAAUGAACAUUUGAGCGAUGAAGAAUGUGAUGUAUGGGCAAACGAAGGCGAUUGCGAAAGGAAUCCGCAUUGGAUGUCGAGAAAUUGUUUCAAAUCUUGUAGCAGAUGUGAAUAUUCGACUUUAAGAAAGAAAGUUAAUUGCUCCGAUAGAUAUGACGCGGAGAAAUGCCAGUUAUGGUCAUCGAAUGGUUACUGUUUAAGAAAUUUUGAGUUUAUGUUGCCAUUGUGUAAAAAGAGUUGCGGAUGGUGUGAUUAUCAAUUAAAUACCCUUAACAACGGCAUUGUUGGAAAUUCUAUGCAACCUGGUUUUGAUAGAAAUAAUUUUGCUGGUAAAUCUGUAAUAUUUGGCCAAAAAUUUUCGCUUAAUGGUAGUGUUUACAGUUUUGCUGUUUAUUUUGCCAAAAUUGGAUUCACAUUUAUUGAAAUAUGGAGGCCUAUAGGUGAUUCUUUUAAACAAAUCUAUCAAUUAAGCGUUGAAAAUUCAUUGAAUUCAAGCUAUGCUCAUGUGUUCGUACCUGCUGAUAAGUGCAUUGAAGUGAAACAAAACGAUAGAUUUGGUCUAACAUCAAUUUCCAAUCAAGAUAUUCCUGUUCUAAGUUUAAACCACUCAAAAUACGAUUCAUUUUGGAGGGACAACUAUAGUAAUAAAAAUUUCAUUAAAAUGGAUAAUGAGAUUGAUUUUAUCGUGUCUGCAAACUUUAAACCGAUCAACUGCCAAAUAAAUUAA